CCUUUGGUGUAAAUUCCCAUCCUAGAGCAUCCGCUGCUCUGGCAAGGCGAGCUCACCCUCACCUGCACUGACUCAUUCUCGCUGAGUCGGAUCGCAGCCUUGUUGGGCUGUCACUCCUGCUGAGCCGACAGGCAGCACCAGGAGCCUCAAUCAUCCUCCACCUGGGCCUGCUCUUCAUUCUCACGAUGUCGUCUCACUACUCCAUAGCUACCUGUGUGCAGUGAUUGCAGCCCGUUUUGACUGGAUCUGGAUUCUUCGCCCAGUCAACGCCGUCAAGAUGGAGAAGCUCAACACCGAAGAUGGCCAGCUCUUCAUCAAGAACCUCGCCAGAUUUGUACGCACUCAUGAAAAAGCAUUGGCCAAUGCCCUUCAGAUGAGACGCCAGACCUCGAAGAGCCUUGAUUCUUCGAUCUCCCCGCCGAUCACCGGUCGACAUGGCUCGUCCAGUCGUUCCGCUACCUCCUCUUCCUUAGCCGCCGUCUUCUCCCUGGGCUCCCUGAGCUUUACGUCUCACAAUAUCAAGCCCGCGAAGUUGACCCUCACCCCUCACCAUGUUUUCUAUCUUCUGUCGCGCUUCGAGGAGUUGUCCGUUCCCGUAGGUCCAAUGAAUAUUCGUUUGGAGAAUAUCAACACAGAGGCCUCCUCGGCGUAUGUUUCAUUUUUAAACAAGCCGCGCCGGCCGAAGGGCGAUAGAGACUCUAUCCACUCCGUGUCAAGUGUCCGUAGUGUUCUGUCCGGCAUGAGCGUGUUCUGGUCUUCCUUUGGCCUGGGAUCCAAGGACUCUGUUUCCAAAUCCGACAAGGCCAGGGCAGCGAUCGAAAGUGACCUAAAGUACUUAUAUUCCGCGUUUACUAAAAUCCCGUGUCUGAGGCUGGCUCCUGACCACCGUGCCCGCUUGAUCCGUGGCUAUGAAGAGUUCCCGUUUGACACCGCUGUUCCACUCCAUGCCUUUAAAAACCUUGGUUCUCUGGAGAUAAUCGAUGUUGAUUUCCGUUCUUUCUAUGGUUGGGACCGUUUGGCCGAACAGCUUAGGACCCUGACCCUUAAGCGCGCGAGCGUUGAUGACGUUGGAGACUUGCUUACAGGAAUUGUCUUGGACGAUAUUGACAAGCGGAGACGAAGGUCCACAAGGAAUCCUCAGUCUCCUGUCAGUGGUGGCACAACUGCCAGUCCGGUUACGCAGCCAGAACCUGUGAGAGCAUCCUCCGCUCCGGGAUCCCCCGUCUCUGAUCACAAUUUCGGAAACCGUUCGAGUCCUAAAUGUGGCUCUGCCAUGGUUAGAGCAGGCUCUGCGGAGGGCCUCAAGCAGCGUCGAGAGGGGAGUGCGUCUCCUCCUCGGCCCCCCAGCUCGAGACGUCGCCACAUUCGCGGAGCCUCGACGAAGAUCAAGCGAUCUGGCUCUGGAAGCUCGAAUUCUAGUGAGUGCUCUACUGUGUAUCGUCAUCGGAGCAUGUCGAACCUCCUAGCUGCCGGAAUAUUACCAUCAACUAAAUGGCGUUUCCUUCGACAUCUCGGUCUGCCCGAUAAUUCGAUGACUAGUAUCACAGCUAUAAGCCUCGCACCAGUUGCAAACACUCUACAUUCUCUGGAUCUGUCCUGGAACCUUUUCACCGAAGUGCCUGACAGUCUCUCGACGUUGGUGGCUCUCCGUUCGCUAAAUCUAUCUCACUGUAUGAUAGGAUCUCUGCAUUCUCUUUCACGAAAUCCUCUUCCUGCAAUCACGGCCUUGAAUCUUCGUGCCAAUCGCUUGCGAUCUAUUGCCGGUGUGGAACGCUUGCUCUCGUUAGAACGUCUUGAUUUGCGAGAGAACAACAUCCCCGAUCCCACCGAGAUGGCGAGGUUGACUUCUAUUCCAUAUCUACGGGAGAUUUGGGUCGCAGGAAACCCAUUUACCAAAUCACACUCCGAUUACAGAGUUACUAUCUUCAACCUAUUCCGGCGCACCCCAGGAUUCUCGGAAGAUAUCCUCAUCGACGGUAGUGGGCCAACUUACUCCGAAAGGAAGAAGCUGGUUGAGCGAGUCGCAGAGCCUGAGAGCGCUCCUGUUAUUAGACCCAACGAACAAGCCAACUCACGCGAAGACGAUGUCCUGAUCGCGGAACCUGUCAUUACACAGUGUGCACAGCCCAAAGCGCUAGAGGAGAAGGCGACGAACCCCGCUUCCAUACGCAAACAAGAACAUGCGGUUGGAUCGACUCGACGCAAGAAACCUCACAGACGGAGAAUUGUUGAUUUAUCGCAGGACGAGAGCAGGGAUACCCUGGCUUCAGAAAUCGUCGAGCCAACCACUCCUAAAUCGGAGUCGCCCUUCCAAGAGCGCCAAGACACACUUACACGCCCGGCUCUCCCGCGACUGAACACGGGCUCCGACUCCGUUUCGCCCGUGCUAUCUAAAGUUGCAGGGGCGGGUAGCGCAGCGCAUUUUCUUCCUGCUAUCGAAGGUGUUGACUGGGAUAGUAGUGGAGACAUCUACCGCCAACGUUUAGAGGCUUUGAAACAAGAAGUCGGUACCAACUGGCUUACUGUUCUAGACGAUGAGACUUGGGGCGGCAAGCAGAGGGAUAUUGGAUUCCCCUCAUCAGACGGCUCGGGUCUUCAUCCUGUCGGCCCUAUUCACCCUCAUCGUAUGACAGGGGCAACAGGCCACGCGAUUGCUUCUAGUGGUCGAACACUGGGCUAA